CUAAACUCCAAUCUCAUUCUCUCUCGUGAGUUUUACUAAUUUAGCUUGGAGCCCCUCUAAACCCUCUAAUUCACAAAAGCCAUCUCAAAUACUCCCAAAACUCCACUGCCAGACAGUGUGACAAACAUUUUUCAUUAUUCGAUUUCGACUCCUUGCUGACCGAUUUCUCUCCCUCACUCCUGAUUAAUACGCUUUUCAUUUUUCUCGAUAUUCUUUAGGGUUUAAUGAGGAAUUAGGAUUUGGUUUUGGACGAGUGUUCUAGUUUUCCGAGUUCAUGGAGGCCGCGCCUGCUGUCCCGGCUGGCGCGCUGAAUGGCGGUCUACCGGUUCCGCCUAUGUCGUCGUCUUCAUCUCAUACCUCUCGCAAGGAGUGGCGCGUCGUCUCUGAGCAAUCAAUGCGUAACUCUGGCGACGAGGGGUUGGAUCGUUCAAAGCUGGUCCAGUCUGAUGAGAGAUUAAUAUAUGAGGUACAUCGUGGGAGGGAGCCAGUAGAUGUGGAUUUUUGCUCGAUAACCAUUGAUGGAUGUUUGGACAAUGAUAUUAUGCAGCAGAGACUUGGUGCCUUGGCAAAACAAAGGGAGGAGCUGCAGCAGGUGGAGAUUGAGCUCCGUGCACAGGUCAUUGUGAGAUCAGAAAUCGUGGGAAUGCAGAAUACAUUUGAUACUCAAAUCAAAGAACAUGCAGAUGCCAAUGCCAAACUUCAGGUGCAUCUGCGUGAAAAAGAACAGAAGAUACAUGAGUUGGGGAGAAAGAUGGAAGAAAAAGAAAGAGAGCUGCAUGCUAUUAGAUUAGAUAAUGAAGCGGCUUGGGCCAAGGAUGAUCUUUUGAGGGAACAAAGCCAAGAGCUCCAGAGCUACAGGAGGGAGAGGGAUAACUCUGAAGCUGAAAGACUGCAACAUAUUAAGCAAAUCCAUGAUCUUCAAGAACAUAUUCAAGAGAAGGAUCGCCUAUUCCUGGAGUUGCAAGACCAGCAUAGGAUUGCUCAAGAAACCAUCCUUUUUAAGGAUGAGCAGUUGCGAGAGGCACAAGCCUGGAUAACUCGUGCCCAGGAAAUGGAUGCUUUGCAAUCAACUACCAACCAUACUUUACAAGUUGAACUGCGAGAACGCACGGAACACUAUAAUCAGCUUUGGCUAGGUUGCCAAACACAGUUUGCUGAGAUGGAAAGACUACAUUUGCUUAUACAACAGUUCCAUCUUGAAUUGGCUGAUGUCAAAGAAAAGGGUGGGAGUAACUUGGAUGGUUCAAAUACCUCGUGGACGAACGCGAAAAGUCCUUCUGAACUAGAAAAGAUCAAUGACAGCCAGCUUGAGAUAAAUGAUAAUACUUCAAAGAUUGCGGAUUCUAAUGGCGUACAAAGUGGAAAUUCUGAAAGUGGUUCUGGAUUAAACAUCACAACACAGGGCGACCACCGUCAUGUUACAUUUGCUCCUUCAUCCCUACUCGGUAUGCCAACCUACAUUCCAACUGGACAAAUGGCUGCUUUGCAUCCCUUUGUGAUGCACCAACAAGGUCUACCAAUCCCAUCACAAGUACUGCAGUCUCAUCUUCAUGUUGUAUCUGCAAUGCCACCCACACAAAACUGGCAGGACCAACAACAGCCUCAGCCAAAUGACCAAAAUGAACCAACCCAUAACCAGUAUCCUCAGGAAGUUGAAGAAAAACUAUCCAGAACAGACUCCCUGUACGACCAUGAACCUUCAGUAAAUGACCACAUAAUUUGUGGGGACUUUCCAGAUACGAAAAUCAGCCAAGGUUUAGAUACUGAUUCUGUGAGUCCAUUAGCAAACGGAGAGGGACAGGUUCUUGAUACGGUUGAUAUAACCUACAACAAUUCCAAUUCCCCACAGAGGCUGCACAUGAUAUCUUCCCAGUUUCGCGAUGCCCUUAGCCUGAAUCCUAUUGAGCGUGGCAAAGGAGCUAAGGAGAAGACAGUCGAAUCAGGGACUGACCAGGAAACAGAACAUCAGAAUAUGAUGUCUGAACAUUCAAAUCCUGCCAUUAAUGCCACAACAUUUGAAGCGGUGGCUAAUGCUGAAACUUUAAGUGAAGCAACCAUAGAUGCUGCCUCGAGUGUAGAUUUGGCAGAUUCCACUGUUGCUGCUGGGCAGAAAAAUAACAUCGUAGGAAAGCUUGAGGACAGUUAUCUGAUUGACGAAAGAGCAUUGCUGGCUUCCAUAGCCCGCGCAAUAGGAUCUGGUGGAAGAAUUAGGAUCAGCACUACGCUUCCUAAUCGACUUGCCAAAAUGCUUGCCCCACUUCACUGGCAUGAUUACAAAAAGAAAUAUGGGAAGCUUGAUGAUUUUGUGGCCAGUCAUCCAGAGUUAUUUUCUAUUGAGGGCGAAUACAUUCAGCUUCGGGAAGGGGCGCAACAACUGAUAGCAGCCACAGCAGCUGUUGCUGAAGUUGCUGCUGCAGCUCCCUCUUUUUAUUCGUCCUUCUUUCCUUCUGUGGCGGUCACGCCCAUGGCUCAGUCUCAACGACUAAAAAUGGCUAGGUUUCCUGAGCCCGUUGGACCUAAACCGAACAACGGGCCUUCUCAGAUCCUAGAUGCUCCGAAUCAGAACAUGAAUGGCCGUGGUUCGUUUCAUCUUGGUAGGGGCUCGAAUGUGAAGAUUAUCAGUAAGGCUAAAGAUCAUUUGGACAUGAAUGCCCCUGGUUAUUCUGAAAGAAAGGGUGCACGCAACAGGGAAGCUGGAGCUGCAUCAAGUCUAAGAAGAUAGGUUGGCAUAUGUUUUUAUCAAAUAUAGUCGGUUGCCUUUAACUAAAUUAUUGGCACUGGAGUUGCGAGCAAAGAAUUGGAGAUGGUUCAUGAAUGAAGGUUGUAAGCUCCAAAGAUCUCCAAGUGCAAUUUAUUUUGUGACCCCUGAAUAUUGUUGAUUAAAGACGUUAUUUUAUAUUAAAUUGGAAAUGCCGGAGUUUUUCCUUACUCCUGGUAAAUUUAUGAGCAACUGCACGAUGCUAUGUGUUGGUGCACCGUUUUGAAUUUUGGUCAAAGUUCUUCAAAACUUGGUGCUUUUGGGAUGUUUGGUGAACUUAUAUUAGUUUUCACCAUGUCAAUGCUACCAUCUGUUCGGCUCAAAACACUGAACUUGAGAAACUUUUUACCAGCAAAAGGCUAAAUGUUUCAGAUCAAAAGUAGAAUUUUGGAGGAUA